UCUCUGCAGGCAGUCAGGUGUAACAGAGAAACUAGAGCGCUGGAUUUGAGUAGCAGUCGUGCUUGACCGAGUAACUACGUGUGGAUCCGUUACUGCAAUCUGCAGUUUUAUGUUUGUGUGUUUAUAGGGAUGAAACGUAGUCUGGAUGGCUGAUGGACAGAAACGCCGACCGCUUCCAAGAUGCUGGCUCGUAACCGCUUCCUCUUCCUGGUGGUGGUGGGCGGGGCGGUGCUGGCCGUCCUCAGUUUCAGCCUCCAGUUCUUGAACCUGAUUCCCGUCUCUCCCAUGCUGGAUGAGCAAACAAUCCAGGCUGCAGAUGGAGGUUUCAGAGGUCUUCAGGCAAAAAGCAGAAAGCGAGUCUUUCCUGUGCAUCACAACCAGGAGCCUGAUCCUUUUUUUGAGGCCUACAGCUACUGCAACACCCCAAACCGCACCGAACAAGCCUGGGAAGGUCACAGCCCUGCGGACUACAAGCUGCUAUCUGUUCAUGUGAUGAUUCGCCAUGGAGACCGCUACCCUCUCUACGCCAUCCCAAAGACCAGACGUCCCAGCAUUGACUGCACCCUGUCUGCCAUUAGGCAGCCUUCUCAUCCUCUGCUAACCUCCUUCAUUAAUCACAUGGGCCAGGGGACCAGAGGCCACUGGGAGGCACAGCUGGGCUCCAUUUCACGUCUCCCUAACCACAGUGUCUGUGAGAUGGGAGAACUCACGCAGACAGGUGUUGUUCAGCACCUUCGGAAUGGGCAGCUCCUCCAACGUGCCUACAAGCACCACAGUCUGCUCCCCUCUGAUUGGUCGCCCCGCCAGGUUUGGAUAGAGACUACAGGAAAAAGCCGAACCCUCCAAAGCGGAAUGGCUUUUCUCUACGGCUUCCUCCCAGAUUUCGACUGGACUAAGGUGACUGUGCGUCAUCAGUGGAGCACAUUGUUUUGUGGCUCGGCAUGCGAAUGUCCUGCCAGGAGCAAGUUUCUGGAGGAAGAGCAGAGGAGGCAGUAUCGCCUCAGAGUGGCUGAUUCCAACCUGGAGAGGACUUACAUUGACAUGGCACGCACUUUAGGUGUUCUCACUCGCCAACUCCGAGCUGCAAACCCUAUUGACUCGCUGCUUUGCCACCUGUGUCACGGCCUUUCUUUCCCAUGUGUUUCCAGUGGAGAUGGUGGUACUGGUGGAUGCCUGACUAUGGCACAGUUUGCGGUUAUUCGGCAACAGCAGCUGGACGAUGAAGUAGAUCGGAGAAGAUUUGGGGCCUAUCGUAAAUACGCCAUCCUGGCCAUGUACCCGUACCUCAACAGAACUGCUAACAAGAUGGAGCGGGUCGCGAGGGCCAACGAGGAAGGCCGGCAGCCACGUCUGGGUGGGGAGGAGGUCUUCACCCUCUCCUCAGGUCAUGAUGUCACCAUUGCCCCGUUGCUAAGCGCCCUGGGACUGGAGGAGGCCAAGUUUCCUCGCUUUGCAGCAAGAAUUGUCUUUGAAAUGUGGAAAAGCCCGCCAACACCAGGCCAAGCAAAAAACAAAGCAGGAAAAAGUGAGAAGUCAAAGUCAAAUCGGAAAGAUGGGGAAGUGUUCAUCAGAGUGCUGUACAAUGGUGAGGAUGUGACAUUUCAUACUGCUUUCUGUCAUCCCAGCCACCGCCACAUCAACCAGCCACUCUGCCCUCUAAAAAAUUUCCUAACCUUUGUCAGGAAGGAUAUAUUCAGUAUUGUCAAUGCUACUUCCUACAGGGAGGCAUGCUACAAGUUCUCCGGGUGACAGAUUGAGAGCAAGGUCGCAGGGUAAGGACGCCCAGCCGUCAUGUGGUUGUGAUUCCCCAGAUUCUUACGUUUAAGAGAAGGUGCUCUUUCAUGCCACUCAUCAUAUCUGGCAUGUCUCAGAAUAUGGUCCUUCACAUUCCCAACAUUUCCACUCACAAGAGACAAAAAUACACAAUCAUUUACUUGAGAUAUAUUUAAGAAGAGAUACAUUUCUGAACAUCCUACAACCUUUGCUGAACCAGCUUUUGUGUCGUUUAUGUUUACUGACACCUUCUCUAAAAGAUAAAUACCUCAAAAACAACUGAUCGGCACUUUAUUCUGUAACUAAAGGGUUUUGUACAUUUUCAUGUCCAAAUAAAGGCUAGUGAGAAGGGAAUGUUGAAAGUACACAUACUGGACAGGAAUAAUAAUUACUUGGAAACAUUUUGUAUGACUAAUCUUUUUAAAGAACAUUCAUCUAAGUAAGGCUAAAGCUAAAGUCACUUUUUGUUUCUGUCACUUAUACACAUGUUGGUUUGUUGUUUUUAUAUUUCUGGUUUUGACUGAACAUCAAUGUGGCUCUUCUUGUUUUUCUUCUAAAUAGUAACUGCGGUACAUUUUCAGUGUUUUUUCUGUUUUUUUUUUAAUCAUUGAAUGAAAUCCCACAUUAUUUAAACUUUCAUUGUUUGUGAAUCUAACAUUGGUGUAUUUUGAUCAGACAUUUGUCCACAUUAAAAAUAAUGUUUCAUUUUC